AUGUCCCCUCUGUCCCUCGCUUCCCCUCAGUCGCUCGAUUCCCCUCGCUUGUUUAAGUUGAGCCAAUCUCAUUCUCCCACCUCUCCCACCUCUCCCACCUCUCCCACCACUCCCGCCAUCCCCAUCACUCCCACCACACCCACCACACCCACCACGCCCACCACUCCCGCUUCUGACGCAGCCAAAUCCAAAGCUGCUAGCCCCGUGGCGGCACGAAACACGUCACCCAAUGCCAACAGUGGCCGUGUUGCCUCUCUUCCGGGAAAAGAGCUGAUCGUGGGUGAGAAGAAGGAGGCAUCGCUUGGAGGGCAGCAGCAGGGCAUGGAUGGCAACAGUGUCUCCUUGGUGAACCGGUCUGCUUCCCUCGAGCACCUGAUUGCACCGGCUGCAACCGCACCUUCUGCUGCUGCUGCUGCUGCUGCUGCUGCUGCUUCUACAGGUUUGGCAUCCCUUGCUGCUACAGCGGGUGGAGGUGGUAAUGUGGCGGGAGGUAGGGCCCUCGGGAGAGGCACCAGUGCCGGAGAAGCACCUGGUUCAGGCAAACGGAGGGCAUGCGUGCACGGGUCAGCAGGUGAUAGGAGAGCAUUUGGCCGCAAGCUGCUGGAGAGGCACGGCGCGCGAGUCACCGCCGUCGAUGGCGGCGCCAAGGCACUCCAAGCCCUCGCCCCGCCCCACCCCUUCGACCUUGUCUUCAUGGAUUUGCAGAUGCCGGGCAUGGAUGGGCUGGAGGCGACCCGGAGGAUCCGAGCGCGGGAGAGGGCUCAGGGCGGGGGGCAUGUGGCCAUCAUUGCGCUCACAGCGGAUCCCUUUAUCGGCUCCAGCAGUCUGGCGCGCCUGAAGUUCCACCGCAAAUCGCUGCCAGGCGCUCCCCAUUCCUGUGUCAGCGCUGACACCGUGUUUCAGGGUACCACACGCAAGUCGUACCUCCCAAGCAGCCAUGGGCCGCACGUCGCUGCGACUCGCGUUCGUCCUGGCUAUGCUGCUCUCGCUCGCCUGCAGCGCCGUCGCCGGGCGCCAUCUGCUGCAAACCUCCAACACGCGCUACCAAACAUCGUCCAGUCCCUACUCGAAAACUGGCGGUUUGACUGGCACGAGCACCCUGGAUGCCAACGUCACGGCCACUUCCCAGAUUUCCUCCUCCUUCUUCCGCGUUAUGAACAUAUCUGUCACGACCCCCAAAUUCACCAAUCCCGGUUACUACAACUCCACCGGCGCGCUCGUGGCAGAGUUCCCGUGUACAUUCCAGGCAGAAUCAACUAG